AUAUUGACAAUGACAUUAUUGAUGUUUUGAUUUUAUUGUGUAUACACAUUUUAUAUAACUAUUAUUUUUUAUACAUUUUACUCUUUUUACCUGAUAUCAAAAUGCCACUAGACUACUCGAAUCCAAUGAUACAAAAGUUUUUAAUAGAAAGACAGGAUCAGGAAAACUUGAAAUGUAUGCAGUGGUUCCUUAAAAAUAAAGAGAAGAUAAUUAAGAAUGCACCGAAGGUUGAGAAUUGCAAGCAUUAUACUAGUGAGCAAGUAGCUAAGAAGAGAAUGGAGGCUGAUGUUAAUAUGUUAAGUGAGCAAAACAAUAUUAGCAGACGCUAUCGAAGGAAGCUCUCCAUGCAAGAAGCUGAAAGAACCAUAUUGCACGGAUUCUUUGAGAAAAGCGAAGAUGUUCCGAUUAUGAAACCUGUCGACCCAGAAGACUCUAGCAUUCUUACCAGGGAAUUAGCGGCCGGUGGUGGACGCAACGCGUACCUUAAGACGAGACAUCGCAAGUUACCAGAAGACAAAUACACUUCUUGUGUGACAACAAGCAACACGUAUGGAUGGAAACUUAAUGAAAAUAAAUUAAAAAGGGUUCCACCAAAGCAUAACCGUUAUAGCGUAUUUACCCAUGAGCUAGUAGGGCGUUCUGGAGCACACCCAGACCCACCAGAAGCCUUACAGCCAAAGGAUGCUCAGUAUAUACGCUGUAGUGGAUUUUAACAAUACUUUUAAAAAUAUUUCACUUGCAACGCUUAGGUGGAAAUCCUUUCAAAACUUACAAUAUUACAAGAGUGGCAAAUCACGGAUCAAUUGCAGAUUGUA